AUUGAUGCCCAUUCUAUCUUCCGGUAAUUUCCUCCGACCAAUGUUAGGGUUUAUUUGACAGAGAAAAACCAAACAACGUAUCAUCUGAGUAUAUAUCAACCCCAAUUUCAACUUUAAUUGCUAUAUCUUACUCAAAUUUGUUAAUUCCGUCCACAAUUAUAUCGAUUUCACAUUUCAUCAAACACCGAUCUGUCUAUAUUGUUGUAAUUAUCGAAGGCAAAGCAAGGCAUGUCAGGAAUACCUCCAAAUACAACUUCAUCGCAAUUCACAUACUCGACAGAUGGGUCUUCAUCAUCAGCACCGUAUUUUCCAAUGCCAUUUCACCUUCAACACCAAACUACGCCGCAGCAGCCUCCCCAGCCUUAUCCCACAGUGCAGUAUCCGGCCCCAGUUUAUCCUCCUCCGGCUGCCCCACUGAAUUACGCUUUGCCCCAGUACCAGCAGGCUCAACAGCUAUUUCAGAGGGAUGCACAAACCAUAACUCCUGAAGCUCUGGAAAGUGUAAAAGCUGCUCUUGCCAGCAGCGAAAUUGAGCACAAAGCAGAGACCAAGAAAAAAGCUGUACCUCGUAAAGCAGCUGGUCAAGCUUGGGAGGAUCCUACUCUUGCAGAGUGGCCAGAAAAUGAUUUUCGGUUAUUUUGCGGUGAUCUUGGAAAUGAGGUGAAUGAUGAUGUUCUCUCGAAAGCAUUCUCACGAUUUCCUUCUUUUAAUAUGGCUAGGGUUGUCAGAGAUAAGCGAACUGGGAAAACCAAGGGUUAUGGCUUCGUUAGUUUUGCAAACCCUUCAGAUCUUGCUGGUGCAAUGAAAGAAAUGAAUGGUAAGUAUGUUGGAAACCGGCCAAUUAAACUGCGCAAGAGCAACUGGAGAGAAAGAACAGAUAUUGAAGCUUUAGAAAGACAAAAGAAUCAGAGUCACAGAAAAUCAAAACUCCCAAAGAAGAGCGUAUUGCACAAAUGAGCAUUGUAGCUGAAUAUAUCCUUCUGGUACAAGUUUCGCGGUCUAGUUGGUUUUGUGCAAGCAGCUGGUGUGGAGGAUACAUUGUGUUUCAUGUUCUUCUAUAUCAUUUACUAGCUAAAUCGUAUGGUAGUAUUGUUCUUAUAAUGUUGGUUUUUCUAGAAAACUUGAUUUCAGUGGGUUUCCGACUUAUGGUUUUGUUACCGGCUCAUUAGAUUGUAAUGUCUUUGAAAUUGGUUGGGAACAUAUUUUAUAAAAGAUGUUUUAUUAUUCUGUGGUUCA